AUGACAUCAUCCAGCAACAAUAGCAAAAUAAUAUUUCCAAACCGUGUCUUUGUCUUCUUGCGACCGGCAGACGUCUCGCAGUUGCUGACCACGGGUGAAGAGCAACAGGAGCGGAGUUCCAGGGCGCAGCCGGAGGAGGAAGAGGAGGAGCCGCAGCCCCCUGACACUGAAGUGGACGAAGGGGCUCCACAACCGCGGCCCCGCAUUAAAGAGGAGGAGCAGAAUGACAACAUGGGUCUGGAGGGAGAGCCUCUGGAAAGGCUGGAGGAGUUCCCAGUGGUCGAUGUCGUCGUGAAGAGUGAAGAUGAAGAGGUCAAAGGUGAAGGAGGGGCGCAGCCUCCAAGCAGCAGCUCAACUCAGCCCCCGAGAAGAGAAGGUGAUGGAGGAUCACCAGCAGACAUGAUGUUAGCUCCACUGUCAGAUGAUGACGACACAACCUCACACUCUGCUGAUCAGGAAGAAGACUCGGAAGCCGGUGUGAGACGUCGCACCGACAACCCCCGCCAGGACGUCUCUCCAUGUGACAAAAGUUACGGCGGCAAGGCGAAUCUAACGAGACGCUUGAAAAAUCCCCCGAAAGAAAAACUCUUCACCUGUUGUCAGUGCGACAAAACUUUUAACAGCUGGAAAACUUUAAAGGCACACAAGCUCUGUCACUCCCAGGAAAAACCAUUCGGGUGCACCGAGUGCGAUAGAAGCUUCUCCCGGAAGGAUUUCUUGACCACGCACAUGCACACGCACACCGGGGAGAAACCGCUCGCCUGCACGCAGUGCGACGCCCGCUUCAGGCACCGCUCGGGACUGUUUUUCCACAUGAGAAAACACACGGGACACACCACUCACGCCUGCGCCGUGUGCGGCCGCCGCUUCUACCUCCAGGAGAAGUUGAUCGCCCACGCCAGGAAGCACGCGGAAGUCAAACCCUUCAGCUGCGCGGUCUGCAAAAAAGGCUUCGGCGAUCAGUCGGCCGCGCUGGUCCACCAGAGGACGCACGCCGUGGCGGACCCGUUACGCUGCUCCGUUUGCGCCCAGACUUUCUCCAACAAGUUCAGCCUGUGCAAACAUUUGAAGACGCACGCUCAAGUCAAGCGCUUCUCCUGCUCGUUCUGCGGAAAAAAAUUUGGCCGGAAUCAAACUUUGGUGGCGCACACCAGAUUGCAUACUGGCGAAAAACCCUUUUCCUGCCCUAUCUGCCACAGAGGGUUCAGUUACAAUUCAUCGCUGACGAACCACCUGCGAACACACACACAGUGA